AUGAAUAUCCUUCUUAUCUGUGAUGACUAUAAGUUCGUUCUUUUAGAAAAAUGUCCUCAAGAACCCGUGGCAAAUGCAUCUAAAGCCGUAAGGGAGCCUUAUGAUCGUUGGAUUAAGGCCAACAACAAAGCAAAGUGUUAUAUGUCAGCCAGUAUGAGUGAUGUACUUCGCAAGAAGCAUAAGGAGAUGGAGACCGCGUAUGACAUUAUGGAGUCUCCAGAAGUCCUGUUUGGCGCUCCUUCAAAGAAGGCCCGUUUAGAUGUUGUGAGGGCUUUUAUGAGCGACAAGAUGAAGAGUGGCACAUCCGUUAAGGCACAUGUUCUGAACAUGAUUGAGCACCUCCACGAGGCUGAAGUCAAUGGUGUCAGGAUAGAUGAAGCAACCCAAGUUGACAUCAUCUUGAAAAGCCGAUCCCUUGUCUUUCAACAGUUCACUAACAACUAUGUUAUGAACAAAAGGAAAGCCAACCUGACCGAACUAUUGAAUGACCUACAAAACCUCAAAUCCGUAAAUAAAGGUAAAUGA